UCACCACAGGAGUAGUUCACUUAUCCAGUACGAUUGUGAGGCCAGGAGAUGGAGGCCAAGAAGAAAGCGGCCGCCGUUGCUGCCAUGUGCUUGCUCCUCCUCCUCAUGCUGCCAAAGCCAUCCCACCAGAAGACAUCCAAGCAGGGGCCGCUGUCCGACGUCGACUGCGAGUGCUAUCGGCAGUGCUACCCCGGGUGCAAGGACAGCACCCCGCCGUGGCUCUGCAAGGUCAAGUGCGCCACUGGCUGCCCCUUGAGCGGCCCCGGCCACACCUUCAAUGGGAUACUCGUCUGCUUCGACGCCUGCAACUCGGACUCCAUCUGUGACCUGCCGGCGCCAUUGGCCAAUGCUGAGGUUUGUAAGCAUUGGUGCUUGGGCGCCAACUAACCUUGAAGAGCCAAGGGCCGGUCGGUCAUGGGAUCACAAAUUCACAAUCAGUCCAUAAAAUGGCUCUGAUUUCUGCACCAGUCAAUAAAAUGUGUUUCUCUUUGUGCAUCACUUGUGAGAGAAUUUGUUAAUCUUAAAAUAAAGUGUGACAAA